CAAAUUCAGAGCAGGAAAAAUAUGUACACCAUGGUUUUAUUUUUCUUGCUCCUGAACAUUCCACUUCUUGAGGCUAAUUUUAUUAAUCCCAGGUGCUUUUGGAGAAUGAAGCAGGAUGAAGACAAUGAUGCAAACCUGGAUACAGGUUGUACCUUCUUUAUUUUACCAGUAAGACGGCCUGUGGAGAAAGAGUAUUUCAGUCAUAUUUCGAAUAUCCAAACACAUACUGAAAACCACAAAUAUGCCCUGGCUUUGGCCUUUUCCAUAUAUGAAAUCAACAGGAACCCUGAUCUUUUGCCAAAUAUCUCUCUAGUUUUUGCAUUCUCUGAAGACACUUGUAAUUGGGAAUCCCAGUUAAAUAAUCUCAUUCAUAGGAGUUUAAAAAUGGAUGAUGCUCGCCCUAAUUAUACGUGUAAAGAACUCAACCAGUGUCCAAUGGCAGUUACAGAACUAAGAUUGGCAACAACUCUUAAACUUCAUGUAAUCCUAAACAACUUUAUAUCUCAGCAGUUUCUUCAUGUUACUUAUGGACCGUUUCAUCCUGUCUUGAGUGAUAAUGAAAAAUUUCCUCAUCUAUAUCAGAUGUCCUCUGAUGAUAGAGCUCUAGCCCUUGCUCUGGUCUCCUUCAUAAUUCAUUUCAGUUGGAACUGGGUAGGCUUGGCUGUCUCAGACAAUGAUCAAGGUAUCCAAUUUCUCUCUUAUUUGGGAGAAGAGAUGGAAAAAAGUACAGUCUGCUUUGCCUUUAUCAACAUGAUUCCAGUCAAUAUGCAUUUAUACAUGUCAAGAGCUGAGAUGUAUUACAACCAAAUCAUGACAUCAUCAACAAAUGUUGUUAUCAUUUAUGGUGACACAGACAGUACUUUAGCUGUGAGCUUUAGAAUGUGGGAAUCUCAAGGCAUACAUAGAAUAUGGCUCACCACCUCAAAAUGGGCUGCUAUUCCUAGUAAGAAAGACUUCACAUUUGAUAACUUAUAUGGGACUUUUGCUUUUGGACAACACCACAGUGAGAUUUCUGGUUUUAAAAAUUUUGUCCAGACAUUGAACCCUUUAAAAUACUCAGAUGAAUUUCUGGUAAAGCUGGAAUGGAUGCACUCAAACUGUGAAGCUUCUAUGUGUAAGACACUGAAAAAUUGCUCAUACAAUUACUCUUCAGAAUGGCUAAAGAUGCAUACUUUUGACAUGGCCUUCACUGAAUGGAGUUAUGACAUAUACAAUGCUGUGUAUGCUUUUGCUCAUGCACUCCAUAAGAUGACUUUUCAACAGUUUGAUACUCUGCCCAAUGACAUGUUCACAGAAAACAACUAUAGGUGCAAAAAGCUGUGUUCCAUUCUGAGGAAGACCCCCUUCACCAAUCCUGUUGGAGACAGAGUGAAUAUGAACCAAAGAGUCAAACUGAAGGAUGAGUAUGACAUUUUCUACAUUUGGAAUUUCCCACAGGGUCUUGGACUUAAAGUUAAAAUAGGAAUGUUUAGUUCAUAUUUUUCAAAUGGUCAACAGAUACAUUUAUCUGAAGAUAUGAUAGAGUGGGUAACAGAAAGUACACAGAUUCCUACUUCUGUGUGCAGUGUUGAUUGUGGUCCUGGAUUUAGAAAAUCUGUGAAGGAAAGAAUGGCAACAUGCUGUUUUCAUUGCAAACCCUGUCCAGACAAUAAAAUUUCUAAUGAGACAAAUGUGGAUUUCUGUGUCCAGUGUCCAGAAGACCAAUAUGCUAACACAGAGAAGAAUCACUGCAUUGCUAAAGCUGUUGUAUUUCUGAGCUAUGAAGAACCACUGGGGAUGGCACUUUCCUUAAUCUCCUUGUGCUUCUCUGCAUUCACCAUUGUAGUUCUUGGGGUCAUUGUAAAGCACCACAGUACUCCCAUUGUUAAGGCCAAUAAUCGCACUCUCACCUACAUCUUGCUUAUCUCACUCAUCUUUUGUUUCCUCUGCCCCUUGCUCUUCAUUGGCCACCCAAACUCAGCCACCUGCAUCCUGCAACAAUUCACAUUUGGAAUUGUAUUUACUGUUUCUGUUUCCACAGUGUUGGCCAAAACAAUUACUGUCAUUCUGGCAUUCAAAGUCACAGCCUCACGAAGAAUGAUGAAGUACUUUCUUGUUUCACGGGUAUCUAACUACAUCAUUCCCAUCUGUACUCUAAUUCAAGUGAUUGUAUGUGCAGUAUGGCUGGGAACUUCUCCUCCUUCUGUGGAUAUUGAUGCACAAUCUGAGCAUGGCCACAUCAUCAUUGUUUGCCACAAGGGUUCAGUCAAUGCCUUUUACUGUGUACUGGGAUACUUGGCUUUCUUGGCCUUUGGGAGCUUCACUCUGGCUUUCUUUUCCAGAAAACUUCCUGGUACCUUUAAUGAAGCCAAAUCCAUAACAUUCAGCAUGCUGGUGUUCUGUAGUGUCUGGGUCACUUUCAUUCCUGUUUACCACAGCACCAAAGGCAAGAUCAUGGUGGCUGUGGAAAUUUUCUCCACUUUGGCUUCCAGUGCAGGGAUGCUGGGCUGCAUCUUUGUUCCCAAAUGUUACAUAAUAUUGUUUAGACCAGACCAAAAUACUUUUGAAGUGAUUAGGGUGAAGUCAUCUUCCCAUUCUCUGAUUUCAUAA